GCGGCGCGCCCGCCGGACGCCGCUUCUGGGACGUGCCCGGGGCUACUCCGCGGCAGAGGGUGUGUGCGGCUCCGCGCAGGCUCGCUGAGGAGCUCGGCUUCGCAGACGGAGCAGGCGGACUCUGCGGGACCGCAGCGCACUGAAGCAGCCCCUCUCCCCCCGCCCCGCCCUGGCCAGGCUCUUAGUGUAUCCAGGAUCCUGAGCUGCCAGGGGCCUGGCCACUCCUGCCCGGAGCCCUGCCUUGGCUGAGCUGGUUACUGCUGCGUGUCUUGGGCUGCUGGCAUGCCUGUCAUCAGCAGUGCACAGGAGAUGAUGGCUGCAUGAGUGCCUGCCAUGGCCCACUGGAAGCAUGAGAGCGCAGGGAGUGGCGUGUUGGACCAUGGGGCGAGGCUGGUCCCUGUACCCCACGGCCCGGAGCGAAGAUGUGGAGCUGCCCUUGGAGGCCUAUGGCCCCAAUGGGGACUCCAGGUCCAACUAUGUGAACAACACCCCAGAGGAGGAGGACCAUAAUGAGGGCCUCCCCAAGGAGGAGGAGGGCAUCACCUACUACAUCUGCUACAGCCCCAAGGAAAAUAGCUACCUGGAGGGCAUGGAUUGCAACGGGGAUGAGUACCUGGUCCAUGGCACGCACCCCGUGGAUACCGACAAGUGCCAGGAGCAUCUUCACAACAUGCCUCGUAACUGGACCAGUGAAGAGCUCAGCCCCCAUUAGAACUGCAAGGCACCCAGUCACUCUCACCGCCUCGCUUCAGCAUCUGCAGGGGCUGUACCAGGAGGUCCCUUGCUCUCAGGCCCCUCUGCUACCUUCCCUGGGGCAGGAAAGUCCUACUCUGGGACAGGAGAGGAGUGGCUGGACUCGGCAGGCCUGUACCCCCAUGGCCACUGUGCUGAGGGCAGCCAGGACUACCCGGGCGGCCACCUGCCCAUCCUAGAGGAUGAGCCCUCUGUCCUGGAGUCCCACGACCAGGAAGAAGAUGGCUACUACUGUCCCAGCAAAGAGGGCUACCAGGACUGCUACCCCACAGAGGCCAGCGGGAACACCGGCGCCUCCCACUACCACCUGACGCAUGGGACAGAGAUUUGGAGGACCAGGAGGGAGACAUUGACCCUAUCGUGGCCAAGAUCAGGAGGAGCCUGAGCAUGACCAGCAUCACCAGUGCCAAUGAGGCAGCAGAACUAUAAAAUGAUAAAAUGUUGCACAAGAGUGACAAACUCUAAAUUCAGAGGAGUGGGUACCUCUAGGGAUGGGUAGAGGAAUAAGCCUGUGGGUGGAGGUUCUGGGGCCUUUAUUUCAUAUAUAAGUUUGUUUUAGUCAUGAAACAAGAAAAAGUCUGAAGCAAGUA